GGUAACGCAGUCUUUCAGCCUCGGUAGGUCUUAAAAAAGGAUUUAGAGAGAGAGAGAGAGAGAGAAGGUUUUUGAUCGAAGAAAGAAUCAGCAAUGGCGUUGGCAAGCUUGGCGAGGCGAAAGGUUUACAAUGUUUCUAGAAGCUUCUACUCGGCGUCCCUGACCUCCUUCUCGAGGGGAUUCGCCUCGGCGGGAUCUGACGAAAACGACGUCGUGGUGGUCGGCGGCGGUCCCGGCGGCUACGUGGCGGCGAUAAAGGCGGCUCAGCUAGGGCUCAAGACCACCUGCAUCGAGAAGCGCGGCACUCUAGGCGGUACUUGCCUCAACGUCGGCUGCAUCCCUUCCAAGGCACUUCUUCAUUCCUCCCACAUGUACCAUGAAGCUAAGCAUUCGUUUGCCAACCAUGGAGUGAAGUUUUCAUCCGUUGAAGUUGAUUUACCUGCCAUGAUGGCCCAAAAGGACAAAGCUGUUUCGAAUCUUACCCGUGGUAUUGAAGGCUUAUUCAAGAAGAACAAGGUGAACUACGUGAAAGGCUAUGGAAAGCUCGUCUCCCCCUCAGAAGUUUCUGUCGACACCAUUGAUGGGGGGAACACAGUUGUGAAAGGCAAGAACAUCAUAAUCGCUACUGGGUCUGAUGUGAAAUCCUUGCCUGGGAUCACCAUUGAUGAGGAGAAGAUUGUGUCAUCCACUGGUGCGUUGGCCUUGAAGGAAACUCCUAAGAAACUAGUUGUCAUUGGAGCCGGAUACAUUGGCCUUGAGAUGGGCUCUGUAUGGGGCCGUCUUGGUUCUGAGGUGACUGUCGUUGAGUUUGCCCCGGAGAUUGUCCCAUCCUUGGAUGGAGAAGUGCGCAAGCAGUUUCAGCGUUCUCUUGAGAAGCAAGGCAUGAAGUUCAUUCUCAAAACAAAGGUUGUAGGGGUUGAUACUUCAAGCGGUGGUGUGAAGCUCACGCUUGAACCUGCUUCUGGUGGUGAGAAGACCAUACUUGAAGCCGAUGUCGUCCUUGUAUCUGCUGGUAGAACCCCAUUUACUGCUGGAUUAGGCCUGGAAAAGAUAGGGGUUGAAACUGACAAGGUGGGGCGGAUUCUAGUUAAUGACAGAUUUGCUACAAACGUUCCUGGUGUUUAUGCAAUUGGGGAUGUCAUCCCUGGGCCGAUGUUAGCCCACAAGGCCGAGGAGGAUGGAGUUGCGUGUGUGGAGUUCAUUGCUGGAAAGGUUGGCCACGUGGACUAUGACAAAGUCCCCGGUGUUGUCUACACGCACCCUGAGGUUGCGUCAGUUGGGAAGACCGAGGAGCAAGUGAAAGCACUUGGUGUCGCCUACUGCAUUGGGAAGUUCCCUCUCUUGGCUAACAGCAGGGCCAAAGCAAUUGAUGAUGCUGAAGGGUUUGUCAAGAUCAUAGCCGAGAAGGAAACUGACAAGAUAUUGGGAGUUCAUAUAAUGGCGCCCAAUGCCGGAGAGCUCAUCCACGAGGCGGCCAUAGCCUUGCAGUAUGAUGCUGCUAGUGAAGAUAUUGCACGUGUAUGCCACGCGCACCCGACGAUGAGCGAGGCACUGAAGGAAGCUGCCAUGGCUACCUAUGACAAGCCCAUUCACAUCUAGAAAAGAAAACGAAAACAAAUUUUAAUUAUUUCAUCUUGUCAUUUUUGUUUUAGAAUUUUGGAAUGACUUGUGGCUAAGACUUUCCAUGUUCAGGCUUCUCCUGUUAUUAUAGUUGGCUGAUCAAGUGCUUUUGAAUACAAAUUUGCCUUCUUGAUUUCCUCUUCGGUCAGGAUGAGGGAAUAACUUUUGUAUGAA